AAAUUUGAUCUCACAUAUUGUUUCUUCGUCUGUACAGAACAUACAUUAGUCAGUGGCCAGCAUGAUCCGAAGUUUAUUUUCCGCUCCUAAGUUUAGGACUCUAGUAUCCUAUACUAGGUCCCAUAUACAGCACCGAAAAUUUCAUACCAAUUUACUUGCAAUGGCUUCUCAUGAUGCACAAUUCAAAUCUGCUAAAGAGAAAUUAGGAACAUUAAAAGAAGACCCUGGUAACAUGGCUAAAUUACAGUUAUAUGCUUUGUUUAAGCAGGCUUCAAUAGGAGACUGUAAUGCAAAGAAACCUAGUAUGGUCGAUUUUGUUGGGAAAGCCAAGUAUGAUGCAUGGAAUAAGUUGAAAGGCAUGUCACACGAUGAAGCUCAGCUUAAUUACAUUAAAACUGUAAAUGAAUUAGUUGCAGCUGAAGCUCCAGCUAAAACAGAACAUUCUGGUUCCACUGGCAAUUACAAAUUUCUCAUCGUUGAAUGUAAAGAUUCUAUUUUCAAAAUAACUUUUAACCGACCAAAUAAAAGGAAUGCAAUUACAAUAGAUAUGUAUUAUGAAAUUAUUAAUGCCUUGCAAGAAGCAACUACUGCAGAUUGUUCCAUAGCUGUUGUUACAGGCGCUGGUGAAUACUACUGUAGCGGUAAUGACCUCAAUAACUUUGCUAAUGUCGCACCUGAAAACAUUUCUGCUAUGGCUGAAAAUGCUUCUGUAAUCCUAGGAAAAUUUGUUGGUGCAAUCAUUGAUUUUCCCAAACCUCUAAUUGCUUUGGUAAAUGGUCCAGCUGUUGGGAUUUCAGUUACAGCGCUUGGUUUGUUUGAUGCUGUUUAUGCCUCAGAUAAGGCAACAUUCCACACUCCAUUUUCAUCUCUAGGCCAGUCACCUGAAGGAUGUUCUUCAUAUGUAUUUCCAAAGAUCAUGGGAACAGCAAAGGCAUCUGAGAUACUUUUAUUUAAUAAGAAGUUAACGGCUAAAGAAGCAUUUGAACGGAAUUUGGUGACUGAAGUUAUACCCCAUGGCUCAUUUGUUGAGGAAACAGAAGCAAAGAUGAAAUUAUUUGCUUCUUUUCCUCCUCAGAGUAUGAAGUUCUCUAAAGUUCUCUGUCGAAAUAAUGAGAAGGAGUUACUGUACCGUGUUGAUGAAAAUGAAAGAAAGCUUUUAGUUGAGAGGUGGCAAUCAAAAGAAUGUGCAGAUGCCAUCAUGGCUUUUUUUCAGAGAAGUUCUAAAAUGUAAAUUAUCUUUUUAGUUAUAGAAAUUCUCUGAAGUAAUUACUGAAUUAUGAUAAACAUUGAUUAAAAAAAGAUUCAUUGAGUUGAUAUGUUCUGAAAUUAAAAACUAAAAAAUUAUUAGAACUUUUCCAUUGAUAAAAACACUCAUAUGUAUAAAGUGAGCUUUGAAUUUCCAGCUUGGAACUUUUUAAUGUAUUUGAAAAGCUAUUCACUAAAAAGUUGUCAACAGAGAAAAUAUCUCAGAGCUAUUGUUGUACUUCAACUAUAGUUGAUAUAGAAAAAUAAAUAUAUUUUAUAAAAUAAAGAAUUAAGAAAAAAAUUUUUUUGU